GAGAAAGCGAAAAAGAGAGAGAGAGAGGGGCAGCGUGGACCCCACGGAAAUAGCGAAAAAUAUCAAAAAACACAGCUUAAUACGGAUCUAAAAACUGUCUGGUUUGACCCACUGAAGAGUCUUAAGAGAACAACCAACCCCGGAGGUCUGAGGGAGUGCGUGCGGAGGGGCCGCAGGGGCUUGUGGGUAACAGGAAGAGCAUCCUUUCGUGAGCAAAUUCUGUACAAGCUGGACACAACUGGAGGGCAGCAGAAGAGUUUCUUUCUAAGCCCAGAGGAUCCGUGCCUGGCGAUGCCUCUGCCUAGCAUCAGUGGGAUGGAGCCUCCUUUUGGGGAUGCCUUUGAAAACUACUCCUUCACUGAGCAGGCACUGACCAGCACAGACCAGGCACUGACCAGCACGGACCUGCUAGCCAGCAGCUCGGACCCUGACUUCAUGUACGAGCUGGACCGGGACGUGGGCUGCAGGCAGAGCCCCCGAGGGGGGGUCCUCCUGGCCGGGGACUGCAAGGAGCUGGAGAGCAUGGAGCACCUGGCGGAGCUUCAGGACAGCGACCCCAGCUGCAACGCGGCCUUCGAGCAGUGGGACUCGUACUGGGAGGACCUGACGCGCUACACCCGGCUCACCAGCUGCGACAUCUGGGGCACCAAGGAGGUGGACUUCCUGGGGCUGGACGACUUCUCCAGCCCCUACCAGGACGAGGAGGUGAUGGGGCGCACGCCCACGCUGGCGCAGCUGAACGGCGAGGACUCCCAGCCGGUGGGCGAGGCGCUGUACCACCCCGACCUGCUGCUGAGCCAGAAGCCCCACGCCCCCCUCCCGCCCCCGUCCCACGGCAAGAAGGGGCCGGUGCGGCAGGCCACGCCCGGCUGCUCCUCGGCCCGCGGCGCCGAGUGCGCCCGCAAGGCCACCUGGCCCAUCGCGACCAGCACCGAGACCAUGUCCAAGUCGCAGGGGUUAAAGGUCGCGCCCCCCCCGGCCGCCGACUGCAAGGACUACGUGCGCAAGGCCAGCGUGCGCAUCGGCGCCCAGCGCCGCCCGGUCCCCGAGCCCGCCCCGCCCCCGCCCCACACCGCCGCCGUCAGCCUCGCCUUCACCGCCGACGCCACGCCCGCCGCCCAACCGCCCGCCGCCCCGGCCUCCAGCCCCGCCCCCUUGUCUGCGGGCCCCGCCCCCUCCUGCGUGCUGACUCAGCGGGAGGUGGAGUCACCCAAACUGGAGCCGCCCCCUCCGGUCCCGGUGAGCGGAUUGGCCGCCGCCCCCGACCCCCAGGUCCUCCCCCCCGGGGGGGGGGCCGAGGGAGGUCCCGACUCCUCCCGGGACAAAGAAGAGGAACACAACUACUCCCUGUUUGUGACGCAGGGCAAGAUGGCCGCCGGCGAGGAGCCUGAGCCGCCGGAGGAGGUGGAGGAGGAGGAGGAGGAGGAGGAGGAGGAGGAGGGGGCGGAGAUGGAGGAUGAAGACCACGACGAGGGGUUCGGCAGCGAACACGAGCUCUCGGAGAACGAGGAGGAGGAGGAGGAGGAGGAGGAGGAGGAUGAGGAGGAUGAGGAGGAGGAUGAGGAAGAGGACUACGAGGACGACAAGGACGAUGACAUGAGUGACAGCUUCUCCGAAGCAGGAGGUGAUAAUGAUGCGGGGGAGGAGGUGAAGGGCUUGACGGCGGGCUCCUCCAGGAAGAGGAGGAAGAGGAGGUACUUCUGGGAGUACAGUGAACAGCUGACCCCGUCCAAACAGGAACGUCUCCUAAAGCCCUGUGAGUGGGACAGGGACACGCUGCCUAGCAACAUGUACCAGAGGAACGGCCUGCACCAUGGGAAGCACGCGGUGAAGAAGUCUAGGCGCACGGACGUGGAGGACCUCACGCCAAACCCCCGGAAGCUUCUGCAGAUCGGCAACGAGCUGCGCAAGCUGAACAAGGUGAUCAGCGACCUGACGCCCGUCAGUGAGCUGCCCCUGACCGCCCGGCCCCGCUCCCGCAAGGAGAAGAACAAGCUGGCCUCCAGGGCCUGCCGGCUGAAGAAGAAGGCUCAGUACGAGGCCAACAAGGUCAAGCUCUGGGGCCUCAACACCGAAUACGAUCGCCUCCUGCUGGUGGUGAACGGGAUUAAAGAGGAGAUAGUGAACAGGGUGCAGGUUCUCUCGGAUGACAGUGGGACCAGCAUGGCUCAGAAACUGGAGCAGCUGAUCAGUGAAACCCUGGUGAGAUCACCUGUUGCUGGGCAGACGUCAGACUUUGUGAACCAGAUUCUGGAGAACACGGCGGGGGGGGACCCCACAGGCGGCCUGGUGGGGCUCCGGGUCCCGACGUCCAAGGUGUAGGGAGACCUCCGUAUGCCCACGGAGCGAUCCGGAAAAGCCCUGGAGCAGAAGAGUCCCAUCCACAGCAUUCCUGUCUCACGUUCAGUUCUGCAUGCUCAGUGCCUCCCCCCCCCUUCCCCCUUCCCCUCGGAGAGUCAGCCAAGCCGGGCAUGAACGCGUGUCCCACCCGUGUGUUUCCGACCCCGUCACGCGCAUUAUAUUCCCCCGCCGACAUCCGCCGCGUGGUGAGGCUCGGCCGUAGCGCAUGCGAUAGCGACGCUCACGUAGGAUCCCUGCGCUCCCGCUGGGACGCGCGCU